CCAGCUUCGGAACUCGCGACAUUGCGUGCGGGGGUUCUCUAGGAAGGGCCAGCAUGGGGAACUGAUCAUGUCGUGUCACUUCUAUCUCAACUCCUGCCAUCAUGGCUGAGAACAUCGUGAAGGACGUUCUCCUCAUCGGCUUUGGCGCCGUGGGUGCUGUGUACUCCCUCAUACUGCAGAACUCGGGGAAAGUCAACCUGACCGUCGUAGCGCGCAGCAACUACGAGGCUAUCAAGAACGAAGGCGUACACUUCAAGAGUGAGAAAUUUGGGCACAUAAAUGGUUGGAAGCCGCAUCGGGUCGUCAACUCCGUCGAAGCCGCGGCUGACAGAGCGUACUCCCACGUCUUCAUCGCUGCCAAGUGCGUACCGGAGGUGCUCCCAAACUCCAAGCUCGUUGCGCCGCUCCUGGCCGACGACUACACAAGCCGCUUCGCACAACCGAUCUAUGUACUACUCCAGAACGGCUGGAACUUCGAGCGCGAGUUGUACGAUCGGUUGAAGGGGCUGGGGCGGGGAGAACCCCGGAUCGUGAGCGCUGCGCUGUAUAUCUGGACGAAUAUGCAGGGCGCGAACGUGGUGAGGCAUAGUGCGUUGGAGCGUAUUGUCCUAGGCAUGUAUCGCUACGAGGACUACACCACGACUAUCAACAGCCCUGAAGAGCGAGCCGUUCUGGGUGACCUGAACGAGAUAUUGACAGCCGGUGGCAGCACAGUCGAAGUUGUCACCGAGAUUCAACGCCGCAAGUAUGCGAAGAAUAUGCUGAACAUCAACUUUGCCGGCUAUGCCUGUUUGACGAGGUAUACUCUCAUGGCGAUAUUCCGACCUCCCCCGUCAGAUCCUUCACAGCAGUACUCGCCGUACGUCGACCCGUCGACGGUGAACCGCAUCGAAGAGUACACCAUCCCUGCCAUGACAUCGCUCUUGCACGAGCUCAUCAAGUUCGCGCGCGUGCUGGGCUUCCCUGACGGCCCGGACGGCAUCCCAUCCAGUAUGGUUGAAGAGGCCAUGCAAUCGACGAGGGAAGCGCACGCUACACCGGAGGCCGCGCAUAUUCCGAGCACCCUCCUUGACAUCGAGAAAGGUCGUCCGAUCGAGGUUGAGGUGAUCUGGGGAGAACUGAUUCGGACGGCGAGGGCCAGAGGUGUCGACAUGCCGCGCGCGGAGACGAUUUACUCGAUGCUGUUGGUCGUGCAGAAAAAGCUCCUACGAGAGAGGUCUGCUCAGGUAGACCAUGUGCCGCAAUUAUAGAAAGCUAGAAUCGCCUGCUUUGAUGAUUCACCGCACUUUCCUAAUGCAACUUCCAUCAUGUCUCUUCAUCGGGCUUACUACAGUAGCGACCUAACAAUCACGUCUCCACUGAGUGAGCGCCUAUUGUA